AUGUUCAUGUGUAAGACUUUAAUCACUCUGAAGCUAAACUUGAGGAGGGGAUCAUUUCCGUAUCUAACCCUUCCUGAUUCCUUAUCGUCGCCUAAUCUUAAGAUGCUACAACUGGACAUGAUGCUUGUAGUAGUGGAUGAAUCUUUCAUUCAGAUACUCAUUCAAGGUUGCCCUCAGCUUGAGGAGCUAUACAUAUUUUUCGCGGGCGCGAGUAAAGGAAAUAUUGAUGUGGUUUGGGACAAAGAUGAUGAUGAUGAAGAAUGUGGAUAUGAGUUUCCAGUGGAAGCUAUAUUUCCCAUAUGCUUUAUUAAAGAUCUCAAGGAAAUAAAAUCGAAAGGUUUCAACAAUCAAGACUAUGAGUUGAAAAUAGUUGAGCAUCUUUUGAAGAAUGGCAAAUCAUUGAGGAAAGUUGUCAGUUGUGGCCUUCUUUUGCAGCCUUCGGUUUGCCUGAGAAUUUUUUCCUUCAAGAGAUGCUCUCCACACUGUCAAAUCGUGUUUCAUCAAAAUGUAUGGAACACCAGUGUCUAAUUACUAAAACAAGGAUGAUGAUCAGGGAAUUAACUUUAUUCUUGUCGGUUAAUUAAUCAUCUAAAUUUUUUUGUUUCUUU